CCACUAGGGGUCUCCCUACCAGUCCUGGCAGCAAGCAUUUCAGACUCAUGCUGGAGUCCUAAACGUUACGAGCUGCCAGUCUGCUUUGUUCACUGCCACGGAGCAGUCAUUCGCCGAUCGGACAUCGAGGAGGCAGAGCCCUACCUCCAGGCUCACCGCAGCAAAGCCCAUAGCAAAGCCAUCGCCACCAUGAGCCAGUCAUACUCCUCCAGCCAGCGGGCAUCUUCCUACCGCCGCACCUUCGGAGGUGCAUCUCCAUCGUUCUCCAGAACCUCCUUCGGAUCUAAAGGAGGAUCCGCCAGCUCCCUCUCCUCCAGAGUCUACCAGGUGUCUCGUUCCUCGGCGGUCCCAAGCCUCUCCAGCUUCAAGUCCACAAGGCUCGCCCCGGUAAGAGCCAGCUACGAUGUCCUGGACUUCAGCCUCGCAGACGCCAUGAACCAGGAAUUCCUCACAACCCGAACCAACGAGAAGGUGGAGCUGCAGGACCUGAACGAUAGGUUCGCCAACUACAUCGAGAAGGUGCGUUACCUGGAGCAGCAGAAUGCCAUCUUGGUGGCUGAAGUCAACCGGAUCAAGGGCAAGGAGCCAACAAGGAUCAGCGAGCUGUACGAGGAGGAGAUGAGGGAGCUGAGGCGCCAGGUGGACAUCAUUACCAACCAGAAGUCACGGGUGGAAGUGGAGAGGGACAACCUGGCAGAUGACCUGCAGAGACUGAAACAGAGGCUCCAGGAGGAGAUUCAGCUGAAGGAAGAUGCUGAGAAUAACCUGUCCGCCUUCAGAUCAGACGUCGAUGCAGCCACCUUGGCCAGGAUUGACCUGGAGAGGAGGAUCGAAUCUCUGCAGGAGGAGAUCGCAUUCCUCAAGAAGAUCCACGAGGAGGAAAUUCGGGAACUGCAGGCCCAACUGCAGGAACAGCAGGUACAGGUAGAAUUGGACGUGUCCAAACCGGACUUGACCGCAGCCCUCAGAGAGAUCCGGGCUCAGUAUGAGAACAUCGCUGCCAAGAACGUUUCAGAAGCCGAGGAAUGGUACAAGUCCAAGGUGUCUGACCUCAACCAGACCGCACAGAAGAACAAUGACGCUCUGCGCCAGUCCAAGCAGGAGCUGAUGGAAUACCGCCACCAGAUCCAGUCCUACACCUGUGAGAUUGACGCUCUCAAGGGAACCAACGAUUCCCUGAUUCGCCAGAUGAGGGAUCUGGAGGAAAGAUUCUCCGGAGAGGCCGCUGGGUACCAGGACUCCAUUAGCCGGCUUGAGGAAGAAAUCCGUAACCUGAAGGAUGAGAUGGCCAGACACCUCCGCGAGUAUCAGGACUUGUUGAACGUUAAGAUGGCGUUGGAUGUUGAGAUCGCCACAUACCGUAAACUGCUGGAAGGAGAGGAGAGCAGAAUCACUCUCCCCAUCCAGACGUACUCAGCACUGAGCUUCAGAGAGACCAGUCCGGAGCAGAGAUCAUCUGAGGUUCACACCAAGAAAACCGUCAUGAUCAAAACCAUCGAGACCCGGGAUGGAGAGAUUGUCAGUGAGGCUUCCCAGCAGCAUCAAGAGGUCCUGUGAAUGGACACAUGAAGAUGGACACCCCCCACGGGAAUGACCACAGUGCACAGCCUGAGCAUAACCCUGCUGGACCUAGGCCAUCUCAUGCUGUUCUUCACCACACAUCUCCACUACACUUCUCACUGCCUCUCCCCCAAACCAUGGACUGCUAGGGGGCCCCAGUGUGUGUUAGUUUUUACCCCCGUUCCCCCCCUCUUGGAGGUUUCUCAUCAUUUCAAGAGAAAUAAAGUAACAAACCACUUUCACAAACAAUGGCAUUCCCAUUUAUUUCCCAGGGAACACAACCACCUCCACCAUGAUCCUACAGUCCUGUGCUGAUCCCAUGAUGGAGUCCACUGUCCCUGCCCCUCACCCACAUUACCCUGCGGCUCUCAUACAUGUUGAUCAGUGCUCUAAGUUCCUGCUUAAAUUUCCAAAAUUAGACAUCAUAGAACCAUAGGCCAUGCAUAGGUUUUGGUUGCAUCAGUGUCUAAUGUGCAUCAAAGACAUCAUAGCACCAUUUGUUCACCAUAGGGCAUGCAUAAGUUACGGUUGCAUUAGUGUCUAAGGGGGACCAAAAAGGUGCUCUAGAACCAUAGACAUCAUAGCACCAUAUGGGCACCAUAGGGCAUGCAUAGGUUUUGGUUGCAUCAGUGUCUAAAAAACCAUAUACAUCAUAGUGCCAUCUGGGCACCAUAGGGCAUGCAUAGUUUUUGGUUCUAUUACUGUAUAUGUGGCUCCAAAGGUUCUGUAGAACCAUAGACAUCAUAGCACCAAAUGGGCACCAUAGAGCAUGCGUAGGUCUUGGUUGCAUUAGUAUCUAAGGGGCCCCUAAGGUAUUGGAGAACCAUAGACAUCAUAGCACUAUAGACAUCACAUGCAUAAGUUUUGGUUACCUUAUUGUUACCUAAGGGGCCCCCAAAAGUGCUGGAGAACCAUAGACAUCAAAGCACCAUAUGGGCACCAUAGGGCAUGCAUAGGUUUUGGUUGCAUCAGCAUCUAAGGGGCCCCAAAGAUGCUGGAGAACCCUAGAGAACAAAGUACAAUAUGGGCACCAUAGGGCAUGCAUGAGUUUUGGUUGCAUCAGUGUUUAACCUAUUUUUUUGGAGCGUAUUCUUGGUAACUAAAAUAUAGUGGGGGAGAUUUAUCAAAACCUGUGCAGAAGAAAAGUUGUCCAGUUGUCCAUAG